CACACUCCGAUUUUUUACUCUCCCAUCUCCCUCUCCAUUCUAUUCCCUCAACUUUUGCUUCUUCACCAAACUCACCUUCUUCUUCUUCUUCCCAAGCUCCAUUGCAUGAGAAAAGGGCCUAGCUAAACAUAAGAUUUUUCCGAAGUUGAGGUUGAUUAAAUUUUUGCUCAAGUACGAAAAGAUGACAAGUGGAUACAUGACCAUUUCACGGAAGAAACUGCUCCACAAUCUCGAUAUCAACGGCGGUUCCACCGAAAGAAUCAACACAUGGGUUGACUCCAUGAGAGCCUCCUCUCCUACUCAUUACAAGUCCAACCCUUCACUUGCUCAAGACCACCUCAAGUCAUGGAUGCUUCAGCACCCAUCAGCACUGGACAUGUUUGAGCAGAUAACCAAGGCUUCGAAAGGAAAACCGAUAGUCAUGUUUCUUGACUACGACGGAACCCUUUCUCCUAUCGUAAACGACCCUGAUCGUGCUUUCAUGUCUGACGACAUGAGAGAAACGGUGCGAAAGCUAGCCAGAUAUUUCCCUACCGCAAUAGUGAGUGGAAGAUGCAGAGAUAAGGUGUAUAAUUUUGUACGGCUGCCCGAAUUGUACUACGCCGGUAGCCAUGGUAUGGACAUCAAGGGACCAUCUAAAGGUUCACAGUACAAAAAAAAUGCUCAUGAGUCCGUUCUCUGUCAACCUGCCUGCGAGUUUCUUCCCAUGAUCGAUGAGGUUUACACUGCAUUAUUGGAGAAAACCAGAUCUACUCCAGGUGCUAAGGUGGAGAACAACAAGUUUUGUCUUUCUGUGCAUUUUCGCUGCGUUGAGGAGAAGAAAUGGAGUGAACUGGCACAAAAAGUUAGGUCAGUGUUGAAGGACUACCCAGAGCUCAAACUGGCCCAAGGAAGAAAGGUGUUGGAGAUCCGUCCUACUAUAAAAUGGGACAAAGGGAAGGCUCUGGAGUUUUUGGUUGAAUCACUUGGGUACACAAAUUUUGACGAAGUUUUUCCUGUGUACAUUGGUGAUGACAGAACUGAUGAAGAUGCCUUUAAGGUGUUAAGAGAGAGAGGACAGGGCAUCGGCAUUCUUGUUUCCAAAAUCCCAAAGGAGACAAAUGCAUCUUACUCCCUACAAGAACCAUCUGAGGUGAUGAAGUUUCUGCAGAGAUUAGUAGACUGGAAACAGUUGCCAAUAAGAAGACAGUUCAGGAUCAAGAGAAGACUAGAGGGGGUUAAGAUUAUUCCCACCCCAACUGAUCAAAUAUGUCUAGGCUAGGAGCUAGAGCUAGUCCAUUCAUAUCUAUAUAUAUUAUUGUAUGUAAACAUCUUGUUUCAAGGAGAAUAUAUAUGGAGCUCCUUUUCCCUCAGCCUAAGGCCUUGUACAUGUGUAAACUAGUCAUGUACAUGGGGAAAUGUUUGUAAUGCAAGUUGUUUUCAAUGAAUGAAAUCUGCUUUAAUAUUGUUCA